AUAUUCAUGGCUCCAAAAAUCCCACUCUAGAAUGAAAAAAAAUAAUAAUAAUAAUUGGCUAUUAACAAGGUCUUCUUGUUUUUCUUUUUAUGUUCUCCUUUAUCCAUUAUAAAAUAACAAAGCUUAAACAAAAGCCACACUUAUAUUUUUCAUUUUUUAUGGCUUCCCCAUUUUCAAAAACAUUUAGAAAAGAUUCCAUUUUCUUCAACACCAAUAUUCCAAAUCCAAACCACUCUUCUUCUUCUUUUUCUUCUUCUCAAAUAAGAGUUAGUUUUAUACAUGAAAAACAGCCCAAGAAAUCAUUGGAAAUAGAAAGGAGAAUAAAUAGUGAGACUACUCUGUCUAUUAAACAGAAUAUUUUUAUUACUAAUAAAAGUUCAAACAAAGAAAAGGGUUCAAAUAUUAAAUUUUCUAAGGAAAAACAACUUUUUUGGCCAAAGAUUUUGUUUGGGUCCAAAUCCAAGAAGAUUAGGAGUAUAAUAUUGCUCAAUGUUAUCACAAUUGUUUAUGCAAGUGACAUUAUGGUUGUUAAAGGCGCCGAAGCAACAAUGGAUCCCGCAGCCUUUUCAGCAGCGCGAUUCAUCGUUUCAGCAAUCCCAUUCUUGCCAUUUGUGUGGCGUGCUAGACACGACGAUCAAACCCGAAAUGCAGGGAUAGAGCUCGGGUUUUGGUUGAGUCUAGCAUACUUCAUUGAAGCAAUGGGUUUACUUACAUCUGAAGCCGGUCGGGCUUCAUUCAUUUCUCUUGUUACAGUUAUUGCUGUGCCUUUGCUUGAUGGAAUGUUAGGAGCAUUUGUACCUUCAAGAACAUGGUUUGGAGUUCUUAUGUCUGCGAUCGGGUUUACUAUACUCGAAUGUGGAGGAUCUCCUCCAAAUAUUGGUGAUCUUUUGAACUUUCUUAGUGCAAUAUUUUUCGGAAUCCACAUGAUUCGAACCGAACAUAUCUCUCGAAAAACAAAGAAAGAGAACUUUUUGGCGCUCAUUGGUUGUGAGGCUUCGGUUCUUGCUCUGUUAUCCACCAUGUGGGUGCUCCUUGGAGGGUGGUUUGAUGGUGAUCAAAGUGUUAAUGAUACAAUAUGGACAUGGGAAGAGUUAUGGGAAUGGAUUGUUACAUUCCCAUGGAUACCUGCAAUUUAUACUGGUCUAUUUUCUACUGGAAUUUGCUCUAUUAUUGAGUUUUCGGCCAUGCGUGAUGUUUCAGCAACAGAAACAGCCAUAAUAUAUGGUCUUGAGCCAGUUUGGGUUGCUGGCUUUGCUUGGUUUCUAUUAGGUGAAAGAUGGGGUACUCUUGGUUGGCUUGGAGCUACUCUUGUUCUUGGUGGAAGCUUAAUUGUUCAGAUGUUGGGAUCUUCACAUGAGAAAUGUAUAGAAGUUGAAGAUAGUAAUCAGAAGAGUGAUCUUAUACAUUAUGGUAUCUCUGCUUCACCCUUUGUUGUAAGAUCAAGCAAAAAUGUAGAUAUUUUAAAGUGAUCUUUUUAGUUUGUAUAGGGAAAAUAUAUGCAUAAAUAUAUGUAUAUAUAAACAUAACCACUAGAACUAGUAGUAGUUAGUAGCUACAAAGAUUGUAUAGAUAAAGGGGUGUUGGAUAAAAGGGAAAAGUUUACAUAAUUGUAGUGAUUGCUCAAUGCAAUCUUUGUUGGAGGACUCUAGUGGAACUACCUAAUGUUUGCUCUAA